AUGAAGAUGCUCGUGGUUGUACAAUUCUUCAUAAUCUCUCUUCUACUCACAUCAUCAUUUUUUGUACUUUCAAGCGCUGAUUCAUCAGCAUGCGGUGGAAAGUGCGAUGUGAGAUGCUCAAAGGCUGAUCGACAACAUGAGGAGUGCCUUAAGGACUGCAAUAUAUGUUGCCAGAAGUGUAAUUGUGUUCCUUCGGGCACUUAUGGAAACAAAGAUGAAUGUCCUUGCUACCGUGAUUUGAAAAACUCUAAGGGCGAAUCCAAGUGUCCUUGAACACGCUUUGAAGAUCCUCAUCGCAUAGAUAACAUCUAUGAAUGAGAAUAUCACAUCUAUGUUUGAUGUAUGAAAUAAAUUGUGUGAGCUUAAUGAAACAUUUGUUUAUCUUUAAUCCGAUUCCUAAACACAUGCAUCAAGACUAAAUCAUGUCAAGUUUUAUAUAUCUCAGCUUCAAUUCUACUAAAACCAACAAUUUGGGAUACUAUGAAUCAUAAUCCAAAAUCUACAAGGGUACUAGGAUUAACCGAUUAAGCGUCUAAAAAACCACCACAAAAAAAUGAACUCUCUCACCUUGGUCGAUUCCAAUCUCAUCACCAACUAAACAUUAAUCCGCAAUCCGCAUCUGACGUGCCUAAGGACCCAUGGGACGACCUCCUCCUCCUCUCUGCAUCACCAUCUUCAGGUUGACAACUCUCCAUUCAGCGAGUAACCAUUGGUUCAUGGUCUCAGCUCAUUAACAUUGGUGAACACAGGGCUUCCUCAAAGC